UUGAAAGUCACUCUUUUUGGGCUUAAACCAAACGGGCUCUAGGGCCAAAACCCCUAAUUUGGAAACCAAUUGUUGAGAGAGAAGUUGGGUCGGGUUUGGUGAUCAUCUGCUUCUCGUCCACACGCCAUUGUAGGGUAUAACCAAAGCUUGAAUCUUGCAGAUGAGAAGGGAGGCACCGAAAAUAGUAUGGAGUGAGAGAGUAUUAAGGUUCGAAACAGAGGACAAGGAAGCGUAUUUGGAGUAUGAGAUGCGACAUGGAGGAAGAGUAAUGGACAUUCUCCACACAUAUGUCCCUCCUUCCAAGCGUGGAUUAGGGCUCGCUUCUCAUCUCUGUAUUGCUGCCUUUUCACACGCCCAAUCCCAUCCCCUUUAUGUCAUUCCUACCUGCUCUUACGUCUCUGAUACAUUCCUUCCACGGAACCCAUCUUGGAAUUCCAUUUUGCACAAAGAAGACCUGAAAUCUCACAUUUGAAGCAGCAUGUGGUUCUUUAUGAACUAUUACCUCUUGCUUUGCCUUAUGGGGUGUCCUAGUAUGUGCGAAAUGGUUGAUGUUAGGAGCAAGAAGUCCAGUCAAGCAAACUCACUCUGGAUUCUGUUCUAAUCUGUUUCCUUUUCGUAUAUGUAAAGUGGAGAGUGUAUUGCUAUCUGUAAUAUGACAAGUUUCCUAGAAAUUGGAUCUAUUUCCGUUUUCGAUGAAGCAAUGGCAAAGAUUUUACUGUC